CUAGGUAAGAUGUAAGAGCCCACCUACAGAAUAUUUAUUAUUAUUUAUUUACCAUACAAGCCAAAUAGUCAAUUCUUGCAUAAUGCUGAGACCUGAGACUGAGAGCUUGAUUGUGUUUUUCAUUUUCAGGGGCCUGCAUGUGCAUUGUGGCUGUAUAGGCCUUACUGUCAUCAUUUCAAAUUUUCAAUUCAAUUUUGAAGUAAAGCAACUCAAUCAUGAACUAUUAUUCAUCAGUUCUGAGGCAUUCUAAUCCUCUUGUCGGUUUUAUACCUUCCAAAUCCUACAAUGUAUUUAAUGUAGUUAGAGGCUACCCAUGCAUAAGUAAAGGCUUGAGCUCUACGCACACAAGUUGGACUUCAAAGAAAAGGAUGGAUUCAUCAUGUGGCAUCAGCAGUCUUCAUCUGGAUCUCCUUUCAUCAAACAAUUUAACUUUGAAAAUAGGCCAGCGAGGAAUGAAAAUAUACACAAGAACUGGUGACAGGGGCACAAGUGCUACCUUUACUGGGACCCGCCACCCAAAAGAUCAUGAGAUAUUUGAAGCCCUGGGUAACAUUGAUGAGCUCUCUGCACAUAUUGGACUGGCGCGUGAGGUGGGCUGUGCGCGCAAGCAUCAGUACUGUGAACAGCUCGAGAGGAUACAGUGUCUGCUGCAGGACGCUGCCUCGGCCAUCGCCCAAGUUCAGCCUCUGCCGUCUGGCGGCCUCUCUCCUGAAGAGACGUCAAGCGACCAAAGUUCUCCGUGGCCGUCAUCAGGCGUGAACGCGAGUCACAUACAGGAGCUCGAGGCCUGGAUCGAUGAAUAUUCCGAGACCUUGCCGCCGCUAAGAAAUUUCAUUUUGCCUGGCGGUGGCGAGGCUGGCGCAGGUCUGCACGUGACGCGCGCGGUGUGCCGCAGGGCUGAGCGCUCCCUUGUUGCCCUCAAGCCUGCGUAUGCUCUCGACCCCAACAUCAACAAGUACAUCAACAGACUGAGCGACUUCCUCUUCACAAUUGCCCGUUACGCUUCUAUCGCUGAUAACUGCAAGGAAGUUAUUUACAUAAACCCUGCGAAGCCCAAAAAAGCGCCACCUUGUGCAGAGUCUCAGAAGCUAACGGAUGCUUAACCAUCAUGGACAAUAUGCAAGCACGACGCAACCAUCGCAUCUUCUGAUCAUGUGUAUUCUGAUCAUAACACGUUUUGUGUUAUGCUCGCUGUUGUUGAGCAGCGACAUUUUGUGUUAUGCUCACUGUUGUUGAGCAGCGACAUUUUGUGUUAUGCUCACUGUUGUUGAGCAGUGACGUUUUGUGUUGUGCUCACUGUUGUUGAGCCAUGUUUUUUGUUAUGCUCACUGUUGUUUAGCAGUUACGUUUUGUGUUGUGCUCUGUUGUUGUGCAACGACGUUUUGUGUUAUGCUCACUGUUGUUGAGCAGCAACGUUUUGUGUUGUGCUCUGUUGUUGUGCAACGACGUUUUGUGUUGUGCUGA